CAGCAAGCCGUCACACCAAAGCCAUCACAUAGGCAGCUUGCAAGAUGUUUUUUUUCAAAUGUCUGUGGAGGAGCUAACCGCAGAGGUCUCUAGCAGUUUAAAUAAGGACAGGCUGGCAGGCAUAGUAUCGCCGUCAGUGAUGCAGGGAUUCAAAACAGUUCAGACAGCUUGAAACAAAAGCAUGUUGGCUUGCCCAGGUUUAGCCCUGCUCCUUUUCCUCAGUCCUUCCAACGCACAGCCAUGUCCUGUCGUUUGCAAGUGCACCUCUUUCGGCUCUUAUGGAUAUGAAGUGAACUGUAGCUCCACGGGUCUUACUGUGGUGCCAAUGCUACCUCCUCAUACCACCGAACUUUACCUGCAAAAUAACCUGCUCACAACAGUGCCUCACGGGAGACUGGACAAGCUUCAGCACCUCAACAAUGUCAACAUGUCCAACAACACCUGGGACUGCGGGUGCGACAUCAUCUACCUAAAGACCUGGUUAGAGGACCAGGAAGCCAUCUCUCUUGCAGACGUCAAGUGCUUCACCCCAGCUUCCCUUGCAGGGAAACCCCUGUCCCAAAUCACAGGCCACGACUUAGCCCAAUGCACUCAAAUCACGAAAUGCCCUGACUUUGUUUACAACGAUAUACUUCUAUUGCUUUCACUUUGCAUUCUCAUUAUCCUUCUCGCAUGGAGCCUUAAAACUACAAGGACAACCACUUUUAUCUAUGACUUCAAUGCUAGGCAUGCAGACAUGGAACUUCAGUCAUUAAAAUCCACGAAGCCCAAGCACAGGUGGAAGAGAUCUGAUGCCCUUUCCAAGGAAUUAUUGGAGGAGGAUGAAACGGAGACACCUUUAACAACGGAUAACAUGGAAAUCCUGAAUCCAAUAUUGCACAUCUUGCAAACCAAGCACAACAUAAAACUUAAAGCUACAUGACAUGAAAUGAGCAAGACAAAUUAAAAUGUAUUAUUUUGGAAGGUCAAAAAAGCCGAAUUAAAAGAUUUUUAUGAACUAAUCAAUCAGUGAAGGAAGACACUGAGGAAUGCUGUUGCCAUGCAGUGCUUGCUCCCAGGUAUUUAAUGUUUUGAUUUGUCCAUUGGAACACCCAGUUAGAACUGUAAAUCUUACAUGUUUUUCUUUUGCCCCUCCCCCCUCAAACUUUCGAAAUGUUGUCCGUGUUGAAUUCUGUAUGUGGUAGUUCAUGCAUUUCUGAUGAAAUAAACAUUAAUCCUUCA